UCGUAUCGUUCGGUGUUAUCCGUACUGUUAAUAACCCUAAUUUCUUACGGUGACUUCACAUAUUUAUAGUCUACAUAACCUGAAGUUCCAAACCUCCUGCACAGCACUCUGCAAAGAAAGCGAGCGGCGACUCUCUUUUGAGGAGGAGAAGACAGUAGCACACACGAAUGGCAAGAGGGUUGAAGAAACACUUGAAGAGGCUUAAUGCCCCUAAGCAUUGGAUGCUUGACAAACUUGGCGGUGCCUUUGCACCCAAACCAUCCUCUGGACCUCAUAAGUCGAGGGAAUGCUUGCCUUUGAUCCUCAUUCUCCGUAAUAGGUUGAAGUAUGCUCUCACAUAUCGUGAAGUCAUCGCCAUUCUGAUGCAGCGACAUGUUCUUGUAGAUGGGAAAGUUAGGACAGAUAAAACAUACCCUUCUGGUUUCAUGGAUGUUGUGUCAAUUCCCAAGACAAAUGAGAACUUCCGUCUCCUCUAUGACACUAAAGGUCGCUUCCGUCUCCACUUCAUUAGAGAUGACGAGGCAAAGUUUAAGCUUUGCAAGGUUCGAUCCGUUCAAUUUGGUCAGAAGGGCAUCCCGUACUUGAACACCUAUGAUGGUCGCACUAUUCGCUACCCAGAUCCACUAAUCAAGGCUAAUGAUACCAUCAAGCUAGAUCUUGAGAGCAACAAAAUUACUGAAUUCAUCAAGUUUGAUGUGGGAAAUGUUGUAAUGGUCACCGGAGGGAGGAACAGAGGGCGAGUUGGAGUCAUUAAAAACCGGGAGAAGCACAAGGGGAGUUUUGAAACUAUUCAUAUCCAAGACGCAACUGGCCAUGAGUUUGCGACUCGUUUGGGCAAUGUCUUCACCAUAGGAAAGGGGACUAAACCAUGGGUCUCUCUUCCCAAGGGUAAGGGUAUUAAGUUGUCUAUCAUUGAGGAGGCUAGGAAGAGGCUUGCAGCAGCCCAAACUGUUGCAUAAGAGCUUUGAAAUUUUUUUGGGUUAUUUUCUGGAGUUUUAUUGACGUUGGAUGAGGUUUAGUUGCUUUUCAUGUUAGGACUUACGUUUGUUAAAGGGAACUAAAUAUCAAGCUGAGUAUUUUUCCUUGUGUGUGAUAA